AUGGAAGAGGUAGAUUACGCAUCAACUCAGAAGCUCAAAGAAGCGUUUUACAAAGUGGAGAAACGUUAUCCAGGCUUCAGCCAGGAAUUUAUCAUUGGUUUACUUCAGCGGUUGGGAUUGGAGAAAGAGGUGGAUUUGUUUGAAACCGGCCUUCGAAUUGCUGGUUUUCAAGAAGGAGCUCCCAUUCAUCGUACCGGACAUCGGCGCCAACAGUUAAUGGAGUUAGAGCAUCGGGCACAAGAGCUGAAGAAGAUUUUGAGCACAAUACCGGAUGAGAUUUGUGAUCGUCGAUGUUUUAUUGAGUUGAUUAAACUUAUUGCUAGUGCAAUCAAACAGCUUCUGGAUUCAGUCACACACGUCUACGAAUCUUCACCUUCCGGGGCUCACAAGAAGGCGCUCGGGGAGCAAAAGCAAAAUUUUUUACUCUACUGCCGACAGUUUAGCUCGAAUUUGAAAGACUACUUUAAAGACAACAAGUAG